GCCCCUCCCUUUUCAGAGCUCCCCGUUCCUUAGAAACCAGGCGGCGCGUUCCGGGUGGCGGCGCCCUGGACUCCUGGGCCCGCGCAUCCCCGUCAGCCUUCCUUAAAGCGGAUGGGUGGCCGCCGAGACCCCCCCGGGACCCAUGGUCUCCAGUGCAGCGCAGAGUGGGCGAUGCCAGUGUGCCAGAGAACCCCAGUGGGUACAUCUCCCACACUUUACCUGCCCGCUUCUGACCCCCAGAUUGUCUCCAACUCUGCACCUCAGACAUGAUGUGGAGCCAUGUCUGACCAGGACGUUUGGAAGAUCAUAUCCAUGCUGGAGGCUCUUGUGAGGAGAUGAGUUGGUAAAGAGAGAGGCCGGGAUGAAGAUGCUGCCAGGAGUGGGCGUGUUUGGGACUGGCAGUUCCGCCCGAGUUCUGGUCCCGCUGCUGAGGGCAGAAGGGUUCACUGUUGAGGCCCUGUGGGGGAAGACUGAGGAGGAGGCGAAGCAGCUUGCUGAGGAGAUGAACAUCGCCUUCUAUACCAGCCGGACUGAUGACAUCUUGCUGCAUCAAGACGUGGAUCUGGUGUGCAUCAGCAUCCCCCCUCCACUCACCCGGCAGAUAUCCGUGAAGGCUCUAGGUAUUGGGAAGAAUGUGGUUUGCGAGAAGGCAGCAACAUCGGUGGAUGCCUUCCGGAUGGUGACAGCCUCGCGCUACUACCCACAGCUCAUGAGCCUGGUAGGGAAUGUGCUGCGCUUCCUGCCUGCCUUCGUGCGCAUGAAGCAGCUGAUCUCGGAGCACUACGUGGGAGCGGUGAUGAUCUGCGAUGCCCGCAUCUACUCAGGCAGCCUGCUGAGCCCCAGCUAUGGCUGGAUCUGUGAUGAGCUCAUGGGCGGCGGGGGCCUGCACACCAUGGGGACCUACAUUGUGGACCUGCUGACCCACCUGACCGGCCGGAGAGCCGAGAAGGUGCACGGGCUGCUCAAGACAUUUGUGAGGCAGAACGCUGCCAUCCGUGGCAUCCGGCAUGUCACCAGCGAUGACUUCUGUUUCUUCCAAAUGCUCAUGGGUGGGGGUGUGUGUAGCACAGUGACACUCAACUUCAACAUGCCGGGCGCCUUUGUGCAUGAAGUCAUGGUGGUAGGCUCUGCAGGACGCCUCGUCGCCCGGGGAGCUGACCUCUAUGGGCAGAAGAACUCUGCCACGCAAGAGGAGCUGCUGUUGAGGGACUCGCUGGCCGUGGGUGCGGGGCUGCCUGAACAGGGGCCCCAGGACGUCCCGCUGCUGUACCUGAAGGGCAUGGUCUACAUGGUGCAGGCCUUGCGCCAGUCCUUCCAGGGGCAGGGCGACUGCCGAACCUGGGACCGCACCCCUGUCUCCAUGGCUGCAUCCUUCGAGGAUGGGCUGUACAUGCAGAGCGUGGUGGAUGCCAUCAAGAGGUCGAGCCGAUCUGGGGAGUGGGAGGCUGUGGAGGUGCUGACGGAGGAGCCCGACACCAACCAGAACUUGUGUGAGGCACUUCAGCGGAACAACCUAUGAACCUGCACCUGGGCUUCUUGCCACAGGGCAGAGGGACCAGGGAGGGGAACAGCAGCCAGAUGUGACAGGGGCUUGGCCCUAGCAGAGAUGGUGUCUUUCAUUUAAUGAGUCUGGGUGAAGCCAGAGGUGGCCCUGGGACUUCACCCCUUCCAGCAACUCACCUGCUCCUCAGACUUGCAGGGUGGCAAAUGUUCUUGUUGGCCAGGUUACCACAGUGUGCACAGGGCAGAGCUGCCGCCGGGCCUCCUCAUGGCGAUGCCAGUGAGUGGGACUCGGAAAGGCUCACCCUGGUGAGCCCUUCAGCCUGAUCCGCAGUCCUAACGGUGAGAAAGCACUAAUAGGGCCAGCUCGGCUGAGGCCCGAGGAGAAAUGAUGAGAAGUUUCGUUUUCUUCUUGGGCUGGGACAUCUCAGGAACAGUGAGGGCAACAAGCUGUCCCUCAGGGACCCUCACCUGCCCUCCCAUGUGACCAGGCCCUUCCCAGGUGGGGACUGGGGCUUGCUUUAUUAAGUGAGCUCUCAGGCUUUUGAAGUAGGACAGAGGGCCCUGAUUUGGCAGAGAGGAGGCAAGGGAGGGCUUUAGAACAUCUGAGAAAUGUUAAUAAAUAAUUGAGAAAAUAGGA